UCUUCUUGAGAGCGGAGAGAAGGUCAAGGCCACCAUGGAGUACAAGGCACUCUGUGUCCUGGUCCUGGUCUUUGCACUGGCCCUUGGCACCUGGGCCCAGGACCAGACAGUGACAUGCACCAUCGCCCCCCGGGAGAGACAAAACUGUGGCUAUCCCGGUGUCACGCCCUCAGAGUGUAAAAGCAAAGGCUGCUGCUUCGAUGACACAGUUCCUCGGGUUCCAUGGUGCUUCCAGCCUGCACUCGUCAACACCCCUGAAGAUGAAGAGUGUCCGUUUUAGCUGCUCUUCCCUGGGAUCAGCCUGUGUGAUGACUGGAUCGUCCUCUGCAGGGUGGCCCUGGAGCCUGGCCACGACUCUGGGCAGAGCUGCGGACACCUGCUGCACCUGUGCCGUGGGUCCUGUGCUGCAUCACUGCUCUGGUUUUCAGUACUCAAAACUAGCCUAAACAUUAAAAGAGAUGAAAGUUG